AUGGCGUCACCGAAGAUCACAUACUCCGGGCCUGGACGUAAAGUAGCUGACAGGAUAAAGGAACAAUUCGCAGUAGCUAAUGAUUUUGAAGUUCGACAAGUAAGGAAAGCGUUGAAGAGAUACAGGCGUUCGGAAGAGAAGCGGUUGGUGAAACAGAGGCGGAAUGUCGUGAGAUCUGAAAGAGACGUCGACACAGCCAAGAAAAGGCGUGUAACUGAACAUAAACGUGCGUACAAAAUAGUGUCGAAAUAUGUCGUUCAAGAAAACCCAUAUACGCAUUUUUUGAGACCGUUAGAAAAAUGUACGGGGAAAAAUCCUUUGGGAAAAGCUACAGUGAAACCUGUGCGCUUGGGAAUACCUCUGGAUACAGCAGCCGAUCUAUAUGCUGGAGCGUCGCCCGUCAUCCGGAGGACAACAUCGCUUUCUCAACUUUCUACCCUAGAGUUUAUCGGAAGCUACAUCCAUACUUCGACACUACCCUCGUUAUCAUUGCCUGAAAUUUGCCUCGUAGGUCGCAGUAACGUGGGAAAGUCGUCGUUCAUUAACACAAUGAUGACAUACAUGAAAACACGUAAGAAGAGUUGCGAUAUUGCUUUUGUAUCGAAAACACCGGGUUACACCAAAUGCAUUAACAUUUUCAAAGCAGUCGACCUGAAGGGCCGUGAUGUUCUCGCCAUAGCAGACCUUCCGGGAUACGGAUUCGUCAAAGUAAAGAAUCGGGAGACAAUAAAGGCGAUGAAUAGCGCUCUUAGAGCCUAUCUACAGAGGAGAAACGAACUCAAGCUAAUCAUGUUCCUCGUUGACGGCAGCGUGGAACCACAGCAAUCUGACAUGGGAGUUUUCGAAAUGUUAAAGUCGCUAGGGGUCCCCUUUCUAAUGGUAUGCACAAAGAUGGACAAGGUGGCGCAACCUCAGGUACCCGGGCAGAUGUUGCUUUUCCGCCAAGUUUACAAGGUGGAAAGCCCUUUCCCUAUCGCCUAUUCAAAGUUUGGUGGAGCGGAUCUGGGUGGUAUUUGGCGUGCUAUAUUUGACGCCUGUAGGGACAAGUUGGACCUGUCAAACGUGGCCAUUUCUGACGCAUAUAAGAGUGUCAAAGAAGCGGACUUCGAUAAAUAUAUCAAGGGGCAAUCCAUGGUAUCCACCAAGGAUUUGAAGAAGCUAAUCUAUAAGAAUUUCAACCUUCUGCCUGAAAGUAUGCAAAGUGCUGAUAUCGAUAGAAUGACAAAGGACGAAAUGCUAGAUGUAUUGAAGGUAGCCGCGGAGCGAUCAGAGGCUAUUCGCUCUAAACCCAUAGAUUUACUUGAAUACAAAAAGCAACAAACUAAGAAAUAA